GUGAGCUUGCCAGGCAGCUUUAGCAGCGGUUCUAGCUGGAUCCUUCACACAAGCUAUAACUGUUAGCUAGCUACUAUUAAUUACUGAAACCUUUUUUCUUCUUUUUUUCGGAGACAUUUUUUGAUCAUGGGCGACAAGAAAAGCCCAAGCAGGCCAAAAAGACAAGCCAAACCCACGGCAGACGACGGCUUUUGGGAUUGUAGUGUCUGCACCUUCAGGAACAGUGCCGAAGCCUUCAAAUGCAGCAUCUGUGAUGUGCGGAAGGGCACAUCUACAAGGAAACCCAGGAUAAACUCCCAGUUGGUGGCCCAGCAAGUGGCCCAGCAGUACGCCACCCCUCCGCCCCCCAAGAAGGAAAAGAAGGAGAAGUCGGAGAGGCCCGAGAAGGAGCGUGCCGAUCCCGAGCGGCCUGAGCGGGUCCGCCCUGACGGUGACCAUUCGGAGAAGGACACGAGUGAGAAGGACCGGCCUGACAAGGAAAAGCCAGACAGAGAAAAGGACAUCAGCCCCACAGUCACCAAAAAACCCAGCAGCAAAAAGACCAAACCCAAAUCAGAUAUUCAUCAGAGUCCACCCAACAGCAUACAGUCAGGAAACUCAACCAAGACCAACAGUUCCCACAUUUCAAGGCCCAAACUGAAGAACAUUGACCGGAGCACCGCGCAGCAGCUGGCCAUAACUGUGGGCAACGUGACGGUCAUCAUCACGGACUUUAAAGAGAAGACCCGCACCUCGUCCACCUCGUCGUCCACGGUGACGUCCAGCACAGGCUCGGAACAGCAGCACCAGAGCUCCGGCUCGGAGAGCAUGGACAAGGGCUCCUCCCGCGCCUCCACCCCCAAAGGAGACCUUUCCAUGGGGCACGACGAGUCCUUCUGAGCACUGGACGCUAUGCGGAGACGCUUGGAUCCCACAGGGGAGAGUUUCACCCGCCCCCCCCCCCUCACCUCUCA